AUGCAGCAGCCAGACAAGAACCCUAACAACGUCAACAACCGAGAGACCCCCGGUGACCACGCUGACCCCCUGGCCAACAACACCACCGGAACCGACCCAGAGAGCGUUGAUACUUACGGGACUACAUACGCUGCUCCCACCGAGGAGGGCCAGAUCAGUCCGAACCAGGGCGAUGUGCCAAGUGAGUUCGACGUGUCACUCAUAAACUAUGCGCAGGCUACCAACCCUGGUUUUGCUCUGCCCGAUAGCCCGGGAGUGGCUGGCUUUCUGUCUUCUCUCUUUCCGCAGAGACAGACACGCUCUCCGAACCAAGGACUCCAAGGAUACCUCAUCCAGAUGCAACUCUGUGCCGGCAUCCCCCCAGAGGGUAUCAAGCCCAUGGAAACACCCAAUGUCGUUCGGCACGCUAGUUCCCCAGCUAUGAUGCUGGUCAUCGAUGAUAACAUCACACUUCCCGCCAUCCCGCUAGCGAGCUUCAAUGGUACUCUGGAUCCUCUGCCCAUCCAUCCUUCAUUCCCGGAACCUCCGUCCUGGCGUCAACGCUGGGAUUCUCUUAGCCAGCACGGGGUCACCAACACCGUGAGCCCGUUCACAUCCGCGGAGGAACGAGAGACGUUUAUGAGAUUCUAUGUCAACCACUUUCUGAACCCCCCGGGCACCAACCACAUCUCUGCCAUCCCGGAGGGAGAUGACAAUGAGAAUGGUGAGCUGGCCGGCUUUCCAAGGUCUGUUCCACCCACCCAGAGCCUUUCCAACCCUGACUAUUCCUUGAACAUGGAUGGAGAGGAGGACGAGGUCGGGAAUGAGUGGAUAGGAGGUUGA